AAAAAGAAAAGUUAGCUUAAGAUAAGCAUAUUGAAAAGAUUCGACUUGAUAUCUCAACGUUGGAAACGUUAACGAUAUGCUUUGUGAAUAUUUAGUUGAAAACAAUGUUGGAAAUGGUUCGAGCACGAUCGAUAUUUAAUGUGUAGGGAUCGUAAAAAGGUAGCGACGGCCCUGGCCUCUAAGGCGGGGCUCGUCUGUGCCGCGAAGAGAGAGGUAAGAGGUUGAAUCGGAUUGGAUUGGGGCGCAACUCGCAAGCAAGCGAGCAAGCAAGCAAGCAAACUGGUUUGGUUUUGUGGGGCUUGCACCACUGCAUCGCUCCAUCGGCGAGGCAGUCCAAUUUAUGCAUUACGGCUAUGUAGGCACUACACGAUAUCAAAACUCUCUGCGCCCGGGCCUUACAACUCCAUUUACCAUCUCCGUUACAAUAUUAUCAGAAUUUCGCAAGUGCCUACAAGAACUAAAUUUGCUGUAACCAACGUCCACAUUUGGGUACAUACCAUCCACUUUGUGUUUAGUCGGUUACUACACGCACGUUCGUUCGUUCGCGCGGUGAAACAAAGGAGUCCAAGUGUGUUAAACGAUAUAAUACAUAUAUUUCGUGAAACGCGUCGCGAUUGUGGUGUUUGAUAAUUAUGAAUUUCAUACCUCGCAAAAGAUCGUGACUGUUUUGUGUUCGUCUGUUUCUCUAAUUUGGUGCUUCGCUUUACGCAUUUAGCAAAAUUUAGUUAUUGUGAAGAGUUCCAAUCCCGUCACAGCUAUGGCCGAAGGAAAUGGGGAAAUAAAAAUGGAAGAGAAGCAGUUGAAGGAGGAAAUGGAAUAUACAGAACGGACAGAAGACUAUACAAAACUAAUCCAAUAUGGACUAGAUGAAAAAGUGGCUGCCAAACUUGAUGAAAUUUACAAGACAGGAAAACUGGCACAUGUGGAUUUGGACGAAAGAGCAUUGGAUGCAUUGAAGGAAUUUCCAGUUGAAGGAGCAUUAAAUGUACUCACACAAUUCCUUGAAUCGAAUUUAGAACAUGUGUCUAACAAAUCAGCAUUUCUUUGUGGCGUAAUGAAAACAUAUAGGCAAAAAAGUCGUGCUGGUCAAGGUACCGGUACAAGUACAACAUCUAAAGCACCUGAUGAGGAUAAAAUCAAGAUGAUACUUGAAAGAACUGGUUAUCCAUUGGAUGUAACAACAGGACAAAGAAAAUAUGGCGGACCGCCACCAAAUUGGGAGGGCCCGACUCCAGGAACUGGUUGUGAAGUGUUUUGUGGUAAAAUCCCAAAAGAUAUGUAUGAAGAUGAAUUAAUACCAUUAUUCGAAAAAUGUGGAAAAAUUUGGGAUUUGAGACUGAUGAUGGAUCCUAUGUCAGGUUGCAACAGGGGAUACGCAUUUAUCACUUUCACUAACAGGGAAGCUGCUCAAUUGGCUGUCCGUGAGCUCGAUAAUCACGAAAUAAAACCCGGCAAGAAUCUGAAAGUAAACAUUAGCGUUCCUAAUCUACGACUUUUCGUGGGGAACAUACCAAAGUCAAAAGGCAAAGAGGAGAUCCUGGAGGAAUUUGGUAAAUUAACAGCGGGCCUGACCGAGGUGAUUAUCUACAGUUCACCAGAUGACAAAAAGAAGAACAGAGGUUUCUGCUUUCUAGAAUAUGAAUCUCAUAAAGCAGCCUCAUUAGCAAAACGAAGACUAAGCACUGGUCGCAUCAAGGUCUGGGGCUGUGAUAUCAUAGUUGAUUGGGCUGAUCCACAGGAAGAGCCCGAUGAAUUAACAAUGUCCAAAGUACGAGUGUUAUAUGUAAAAAAUUUAACGCAAGAUUGUUCAGAAGAAAAGUUAAAAGAAUGUUUCGAGCAAUAUGGAAAAAUUGAAAGAGUUAAGAAAAUUAAGGACUACGCUUUUGUGCAUUUUGAAGACAGGGAUAAUGCUGUAAAGGCGAUGAACGAGUUAAACGGUAUAGAAAUUGGUGGUUCGCGUAUAGAAAUUUCACUAGCUAAGCCUCCAUCUGAUAAAAAGAAGAAAGAAGAAAUUCUUCGAGCAAGGGAACGAAGAAUGAUGCAAUCAUUGCAAAGUCGUGGCGGAGGGUCUCCAUCCCAUCCAGGCAUGAUGGGAGGCCCAAUGCCAGUUCGUGGUCCUGGACAAGGUCCUAGAGGCACUGGUGCAGGUAUGCGUGGACAAAUGGGACGAGGCGAUUAUGCUCUCAAGGAAAUAGAUUAUGAUUACGACUAUUACGGUUAUGGGGAUUAUCGAGGUGGCUACAGUGAUCCAUAUUACGAUGACUAUUUUCGAUACGAAGAUUGCUAUUUCGAUUAUGCGCCGCCUCCGCCACCUGCCAGAGGGAGAGGCAGGCAGCCUCAACCGGCUGGGCGUGGGCGUGGAGUAGUGCCACGUGGCCGAAUCGGUGGCCUGCAAACCCGUGGGCCGGUCAGGGGGGGACGCAACCCCGCAGCUACAGGGGCCCGUGGGGUCCAGCGGCUGGUCGCUCGUGGGGGGGUCCGCGCCAAGGGAAGUUUACCAGGUGAGGAUGGUAAACGAAAAUUUGACGGGGGUCACCAGAACCAGGGGGAAUCUAAACGUCGCUUCCAGAGCAACUGGGGAAACCAACCCCUCGCCCAACAACCACUGGGCAAUGCGUACGGAUUGGCGAGUGUGAAUGGUGGCAGUGGUGGUGGUGGCGGCGGCGGCGGCGGUGACAUAGGAUUUGGAGGAAGAUCUACAGCGCUCGGCAGCGUUUCUGGCGACGAUCAUGAAUGGUAUCAAGACUCAUAUCAAUCGUGGAGCUAACUUCUGCGUGUAU